AAGCCAUUAUUUCUCAACUACCACUUCUCUGAUCUCUCUGUGUUUUUCUUUCUCUAACUUCAUCCAUUUCGAUGGCCUCUUGUAAGUCUUCUAUUGCACUAAACUUAACAGAUCGCGUCGGAUCUUCCUAUCCUCCACGUGUUUCCGGCGAGAUCCACGUCAUCAUCGGCCCCAUGUUUGCCGGCAAGACUACUUCUCUCCUCCGUCGGAUCAGAUCUGAACGCAACAAUGGCCGAAACGUCGCAAUGAUAAAAUCGAGCAAGGAUACAAGGUACGCCAUUGACUCAGUGGUAACUCACGACGGAGUGAAAUUCCCAUGUUGGGCAUUGCCGGAUCUCACUUCUUUUCGACACAAUGUCGGAGAAGAUGCUUAUGAAAAGCUGGAUGUGAUUGGCAUAGACGAAGCACAAUUUUUCGAAGAUUUGUACGAUUUCUGCUGCAAAGUUGCCGACAAUGAUGGCAAAACAGUAAUUUUAUCUGGCUUAGACGGCGAUUAUUUGAGAAGGAGCUUUGGGUCAGUUCUGGACAUAAUUCCGCUAGCUGAUACAGUAACAAAGUUAACUGCAAGAUGCGAAGUGUGUGGGAAAAAGGCAUUUUUCACAUUCAGGAAAACAGCAGCGACCCAAACGGAACUGAUCGGAGGGGCAGAUUUAUACAUGCCUGUUUGUCGACAGCAUUAUGUCAAUGGACAAACGGUUGUUGAAACUUCGAGGAUUGUUCUUGAAUCAACAAGUGUUCAUCAUCAAACAACUCAAUUAUCUUGCCUUGAAGCAGCAACUGCAGCAGUACUUCAAUCUCAGUAAUGGAUAAGUUAUUGCUUUUAUACAUCAUAAAUAGAAAUGUGCGGAAUGGGGUCAUUGGCCGGCCUAGUGUAUUUUUAGCAUCUUUCAUAAUUCGUCAUAGCUGUCGUGCUUGUACUAUUGAGUUACCUAAGUUAUCUGGAUUUCACUUCUUAUUAUGUAUAGUAUAGAUAAUGAUUUUACAAGGACAGUUUCUAAAGUACUUUGGUUUUUGUUGA